AUGGAGAAAGAUGCUUUUGAAGAGCUUAAGAAGCUGGCAGCUACAUCCUUGAAUGAAAAAGACUGUCAGGCUGAGGAGGACAAACAAUCGAAGAGACCUACUAGGGUUCCAGAUGCUGUGAAGCACCGAGGUUUUGUUGCCUAUGAGCGAGAGAGCAUUUCGUACAGAGAACCUAGUAUUCGGAUGAAUGACUGGAAAGAAGUUAUGGAAGAAUUAAGACCUGGCCCACUUCUGAAGACACAAUCUGCUCGUUGUAUGGACUGUGGCACUCCUUUUUGUCAUCAGGAGCAUUCUGGAUGCCCUCUUGGAAAUAAAAUUCCUGAAUUCAAUGAAUUGGUGUACCAAAAUAGAUGGCAUGAAGCAUUGGAUAGGCUCAUGGAGACUAAUAACUUUCCUGAGUUCACGGGCCGGGUAUGCCCUGCACCUUGUGAAGGGGCUUGUGUCCUUGGUAUUAUCGAGAAUCCCGUCUCUAUCAAAAGCAUGGAGUGUGCUAUAAUAGACAAAGCUUUUGAGGAGGGAUGGAUGGAGCCACGACCUCCCCUGAAGAGAACUGAGAAAAAAGUUGCCAUUAUUGGAAGUGGGCCUGCUGGCUUAGCUGCUGCUGACCAGUUAAAUAAAAUGGGUCAUACUGUGACCGUGUUUGAGCGGUCCGACAGAAUUGGUGGUCUUAUGAUGUACGGGGUGCCUAACAUGAAGGCCGAUAAAGUCGAUAUUGUCCAAAGACGGGUUAACCUCAUGGAAAAGGAAGGUGUAAACUUUGUGGUAAAUGCUAAUGUUGGGAAGGAUCCUGCAUACUCGCUUAAUCAGCUUCGUAAGGAUCAUGAUGCUAUUGUUUUGGCUGUAGGAGCCACGAAGCCAAGGGACCUCCCUGUUCCUGGACGAGAACUGUCUGGAGUCCAUUUUGCAAUGGAGUUUCUUCAUGCUAAUACGAAAAGCUUGCUCGAUAGCAAUCUUAAGGAUGGUAAUUACAUCUCUGCCAAGGGCAAGAAGGUAGUGGUAAUUGGUGGGGGUGACACCGGUACAGAUUGUAUUGGAACAUCUAUCAGACAUGGUUGCAGCAGCAUCGUAAAUCUAGAGCUUCUCCCUGAGCCACCACGAACUCGAGCAGCUGGAAACCCUUGGCCUCAGUGGCCCCGCAUAUUCCGUGUAGAUUAUGGGCAUCAAGAAGCUGCAUCGAAGUUUGGCAAGGAUCCUAGGUCUUAUGAGGUUAUGACAAAGCGGUUUGUUGGAGAUGAGCAUGGAGUGGUGAAAGGACUGGAGAUUGUGCGUGUCCAUUGGGAGAAGGAUGCAAUUGGGAAGUUUUCAUUUAAAGAAGUUGAAGGCAGUGAGGAGAUCAUUGAAGCUGAUUUAGUCUUACUAGCCAUGGGAUUCCUCGGGCCUGAAUCAACUCUACCUGAAAAACUGGGCUUGGAGAGGGACAAUAGGUCCAACCUCAAAGCAGAAUAUGGACGCUUCUCAACCAAUGUGGAAGGGAUUUUUGCUGCUGGAGAUUGCCGCCGUGGUCAAUCUCUAGUCGUGUGGGCAAUUUCCGAAGGCCGACAAGCAGCUGCACAAGUUGACAAUUACCUAAUGAAAGAUGAGAAUGACGUCCUGAUUAGCACAGAGAGACCUGAAGAAUCGACAAAGACACAAGAUAGCAACAGACAAGCAGUUAUGACGUAG